UUAAGCUCAGUGGUGGUCAAGAUCACAGCGAUUUGUCCAAUGGAUGUCUUAAAACGAGUUAGUGAUUUGCUCCGUUGGCAAUACAAGAACCCAAAUUUCAAACUUCCAUGGAAACUCAAUUCAUUCCCGGUUUUUUCCGGUUUAAGUCCUCUCUACCACACAACCACUGAACCGGAACCAUUGACCGUAGAGGAAGAACGAGAGCUUGAGAAAGCUCACGACCGCCUCAAAUCUGUUUGUCAGAGAUGUCAAGAAUCGAACGUACCGUUACUGAUCGAUGCUGAAGACACUAUUCUCCAACCUGCGAUUGAUUACAUGGCGUAUUGGUCGGCGAUCAAGUUCAAUACCGAUCAAGAUCGACCUAUUGUUUACAACACGAUUCAGGCGUAUUUGAAAGAUGCGGGAGAGAGAUUACACUUUGCUUUACGAGAAUCGGAGAAAAUGAAAGUUCCUAUUGGGUUUAAAUUGGUGAGAGGUGCUUAUAUGUCCAGUGAAGCUAAGUUAGCAGAUUCCUUGGGUCACAAGUCACCGGUCCAUGACACAAUUCAAGAUACACAUGAUUGCUACAAUGAAUGUAUGAGUUUUCUUAUGGAGAAAGCCUCAAAUGGAUCAGGCAUUGCGGUCAUUCUAGCUACGCAUAACACUGACUCCGGUAAACUAGGGGCAAGGAAAGCAAGUGAGCUAGGAAUCGAUAAAGAAAACGGGAAGAUCGAGUUCGCACAGCUUUACGGGAUGUCGGAUGCGUUAUCUUUCGGACUGAAAAGGGCCGGCUUCAAUGUUAGCAAGUACAUGCCAUACGGGCCAGUCGACACUGCGGUUCCAUACCUUAUCCGGAGGGCAUAUGAGAAUCGUGGUAUGAUGUCUACAGGUUCUCUAGACCGCCAACUUAUGAGGAUGGAGCUUAAGAGGAGACUUAUGGGUAGGUGAAGACAGGAGAUAAAUGUGUUUCAAUAAUUUGGCAAAAUUUAGAUAUUCUAAAUUUUAUAUAUAAAUGGAAUAGCAAGAUAUCUGAAGUAGGUUGAUCACAAAAAGGGUAUAUCUAUCAUCCACAAAUGUAUAAAUCCUGCGUGAUCAAUGAAAAAUGCAAUUUGCUAAUUUUGUU